GUUGCUGUGUACGUGUAUCAUGUGAUGUCUAGAAACCAAGCCCAAAGACAAGACACAAUCAAUAAGCUGUAAAACUGGAUUCUUUCAAUAGAAGGUCUUCGAGUAAAGCCGGUAGUUACCUGGAAGAGAGAGAGCCGCUAUUAGAAGAGAGAGAUAUGGCCGAUGAGGAUGAGCGCUACCGUGUUGAACAAAGGAUUGAUCAUGUCACUAACGAGAGUCUCGAUGCUACCAAGCGUAUUAGACAGGUAGCUGAGGAGACUAAUAGGAUGGGCGUCGAUACUUUGAUCACCCUCAACGAGCAAGGGGAGCAGUUGGACAAUGUUGAGAACAGGUUGGAUGAGAUUGAUGUUGACCUCAAGCAGACUGAUCGUAACCUCACUAAACUUGAGACUUGUUGCUGUUGUUUCCAUCGUUGCUGUGUACCUCGUGACAUGUCGAAGAAUCGUCAGUACAAGAAAGUGUACGGAAAGAAAGCUGAGAUGGACAAUGUGGUUCAGGAUCAGCCUCGUAGGAGUGGGGGAGGGGCUAGUCGUGAUGAUCCCUCCGGACCUUAUGUUAAGAGAGUGACUGGGGACGAGCGCGAGGACGAAAUGGAGGACAACCUUCAGGCUGUUGGUGAUAUUCUGGGCAACCUCAAGGGCAUUGCUGAGGAAAUGGGAGGAGAGUUGGACCGGCAGAACAAGCAGUUGGACAGAGUCAACAAGAAAGCUGAUGUCAAUGUUUCUCAUUUGGACCAAGCCAACUCACGCAUUCGUAGGCAACUCUGAACAUUGCCAACAGAAACUGUAUAAUUAUUUAUCAGUGUGUACCUAGAAUAAGGAUAACUUCAUUGUUCUUAAUGAUUAUUGUUUUUAGUAUCAAUCUUUUAAUACAAUUACACACAUGACAUGAUAUAAACUGUAACUAUGUUUUGUUAUUGUUUGUUGUGAACAUCUGUUGAACGUUUAGUUUCAGAAUG